CUACAUAAGACAGCUACCACCACUACUACCAGUGGGUCUGAUGAUUCACCGCUCCUCAGCCACGCCCAAAACAACAAUCAUUGUUCCGACAUGACGACGACCAUCGCCACCCUGUCUUCUCCUUCUGUUUCUGUACCUCGUCGUUCUGUCUUCCUUGGUGUCGAUGUCGGCACCGGCAGCGCUCGCGCAGGCCUUUUUGAUGAGGCUGGAAAACUUCUGGGUACUGCUAGCAGCCCGAUACAAAUUUGGAAAGAAGGCGAUUGUGUUGAGCAAUCUUCAACUGAUAUUUGGCUUGCGAUCUGCACUGCUGUUAAAAGAGCUUUAUCUCUUUCUGACGUUGCUGGCGAACAAGUAACUGGGAUGGGUUUUGCAGCUACAUGUUCUCUUGUUGCUGUGGAUUCCGAAGGUCAACCCGUGUCAGUAUCCUGGAGUGGUGAUACUAGAAGAAAUGUGAUAGUAUGGAUGGACCAUAGAGCGGUAAAGCAAGCUGAGAGAAUAAAUUCCUGCAAUUCACCUGUGUUACAGUACUGUGGUGGUUCGAUUUCUCCUGAGAUGCAGCCACCUAAGCUAUUGUGGGUGAAAGAGAAUUUACAAGAAUCUUGGUCAAUGACGUGGAGGUGGAUGGAUUUGAGUGAUUGGUUGUCAUACAGAGCAACAGGAGAUGAUACCCGCAGUAUGUGCACAACAGUUUGCAAAUGGACAUAUCUGGGUCAUGCACACAUGCAGCACAUUGAUGAGAAUAGCUCCCGAGACAUGGAAGCCUGUGGAUGGGAUGAUGACUUUUGGGAAGAGAUUGGUCUUCGUGACCUUGUGGAUGGGCAUCAUUCCAAAAUAGGAAGAAGUGUAGCUUUCCCUGGUCAUUCCCUCGGCAACGGUCUGAGCUCUGAUGCUGCAAAGGAAUUGGGUCUUCCUACAGGAACCCCAGUAGGAACAUCGCUGAUUGAUGCUCAUGCUGGUGGCGUUGGAGUGAUGGAAAGUGUGCCCGACUCUAAAACUAAUGAAUCUGAUGAUGAUGAUGAUGCUAUAUGCCGGCGUAUGGUGCUGGUAUGUGGAACAUCCACCUGUCAUAUGGCUGUUUCAAGGAGCAAGUUGUUUAUCCCAGGUGUUUGGGGACCAUUUUGGUCAGCGAUGGUUCCUGAGUAUUGGCUAACUGAAGGAGGCCAAAGUGCUACUGGUGCACUAUUAGACUAUAUAGUUGAUAAUCAUGCUGCGUCUUCACAUCUGGCGAACCGUGCUGCUUCCCAGAAUAUUUCUCUGUUUCAAAUGUUGAACGACCUACUAGCACAAAUGAUGCGUGACAUGGAUUCUCCAUUUAUUGCUGCUUUAACGGCUGAUCUACAUAUCCUUCCUGAUUUCCACGGUAACAGAUCUCCUAUUGCUGACCCAAAUGCAAAAGGAAUGAUUUGCGGUUUAAAUCUUGAUACAAGUGAAAGACAGUUGGCUCUUCAAUACUAUGCUACUGUACAGGGCCUUGCAUAUGGUACACGUCAUAUCAUAGAGCAUUGCAAUGAGCACGGACACAAAAUUGAUACACUGCUAGCUUCUGGUGGACUUUCAAAGAAUGCGUUGUUCAUUCAAGAACAUGCCGAUAUCGUUGGUUGCCCGAUAAUUCUUCCACGGGAAAGUGAGUCGGUGCUAUUAGGUGCUGCUAUUCUUGGUGCUGUUGCUGCAAAGAAAUAUUCUGGGCUCAGAGGGGCCAUGAAGGCACUUAAUGCAGCUGGCCAGGUCAUUCAUCCAUCGGAAGACCCGAGAGUGAAGAAGUACCAUGAUGCCAAAUACCGGAUAUUCAAGCAGCUUUACGAACAACAGCUCUCCCAACGUUCAAUCAUGGCUGAAGCGUUGUCCUAGAUUUUCAAAUCACCAAUCCUAGUAUAUUUGUUAAUGGGCUGUCUGACCAAGUUCCAAAUCUGCAAACUGAUUUUUUUUUUCUUCGUAUAUAAUUUCAAUUACAAUUUCUCAUACUCUGUCACAAUUAGAUUUACUUUAUAUUUGUAAAGUAAGUCAGCGUGUCUUUUGUAGCAACUUUGCAUAUGCAUAGAACUCCCAUAGAAAUGAAUUGUUAUGGAACUAUCUUGUGUCUAAAAUUCUCAUGAAAUAAUAUCAAUUUCCAUUUUUUAAAAA